AUGAGUUUCUCGUCAAUAAAAAUCAAAGAACUUCAGGAACUCAUCGAUAAAAAAAAAGAAGAAAAUAAACUCUUGUUAAAAGAAAAAGAAGAAUGCGAAAAAAUAAACCACAACAAUCAACAAAUCAUUGAAGAAAACGAAAUUUUGAAAGAAAAAGACUUUGAAAACAAAAUAUUAGAAAUAAGACCAAAAUUAGAUGGUGUAUACAAAGUGCUUGGAAUUUUUAUCAAAAAUAAUAGUCUUGAAAACGAAAAAAAAUAUAUAGACGAAUCAUUAGAUAAUUUUAAAAUAAUCUAUAAUGAAAACGAUUCAUUAGAAACUAAAAUGGAUCUUCUCAUAGAAAUUA